AAAAUAAACUGAAAAAACGUGCAACAAACAAUGCUGCCUAACUAUUAUUAUUGGGAAGGUGUUGCCAAGUUAUGAUACGAAUGCAACACAGCGCCGGCAAUUGUUUUGUUUGCGCGUGAAAAAUAAAAAGGUGAUAAGUCGCUUUUCCGACAAUAACGACUGUGGUUCAACAUGUUUUCAUUGUGUAAACAGUCACAUCCCGCAACUGGUGUGGAAUUUGCAAUUUGCUGUCAUUUCUUCAACAAUUUGGAGGAGAAUCUGGUCGUAGCAGGUGCCAACAUACUCAAGGUCUAUCGCAUAUUUCCACAUCUAGAUGCUGCGCAACGUCAAAAGUUGCUCAAUAUUAAUGACUUACGUACACCGCCGAAAAUGCGCCUAGAAUGUUUGGCGACCUAUACACUCUAUGGUAAUGUAAUGUCAUUGCAGAGCGUCUCGCUGGCUGGCUCACUACGUGAUGCGCUACUUAUAAGUUUUAAGGAUGCCAAGUUAUCGGUAGUUCAACAUGAUCCUGACACUUUUGCGCUAAAAACACUUUCACUGCAUUUCUUCGAAGAGGACGAUGUCCGUGGUGGCUGGACAGGGCGUUAUUUCGUGCCAAUGGUACGCGUUGAUCCCGACUCACGUUGUGCUGUCAUGCUAGUUUAUGGUAAACAGUUAGUUGUGCUACCCUUUCGAAAGGAUAAUAGUCUGGAUGAGAUUGAGCUGGCAGAUGUGAAACCAAUCAAGAAAACACCUACAGCAUUAGUAGCACGCACACCAAUAUUGGCUUCAUAUUUGAUAGCGCUGCGUGAACUUGACGAAAAAAUUGACAACGUACUUGAUUUACAAUUUCUAUACGGUUAUUAUGAACCAACACUGCUGAUACUCUACGAACCAGUAAGAACAUUUGCUGGACGUGUAUGCGUACGUUCCGAUACCUGUGUAUUAGUCGCGAUUUCUUUAAAUAUACAACAACGCGUGCAUCCAGUAAUUUGGACAGUUACCGGUUUACCAUUUGAUUGUCUACAAGUUUUCCCAAUACAGAAACCCAUAGGCGGUUGCCUAGUCACCACUGUGAAUUCCAUAAUUUACCUUAAUCAGAGUGUGCCACCCUAUGGUGUGAGCCUAAAUAGCUCAGCAGAUCACAGCACUAGCUUUCCGCUGAAGCCACAGGACGGUGUACGCAUCUCACUUGACGCAGCCAGUCUUACAUUCAUUGAUAUUGAUAAACUAGUGAUUUCGCUUAAAGGUGGUGAACUGUAUGUGUUGACCUUAUGCGUUGACUCUAUGCGCACGGUGCGAAAUUUCCAUUUUCACAAAGCCGCUGCCAGUGUGCUGACCAGUUGUAUGUGUGUUUGUCAAUCUGAAUAUCUAUUUUUGGGCUCAAGAUUGGGCAAUUCGUUAUUGCUGCAUUUUACUGAAGAGGAUCAAAGCACGGUUAUAACGUUGGAUGAAGUGGAAACAAACGACGCUAACGCUACAGUUAACGACGAAUCGGUACCUAAAGCGCGACGUAUAGAGGACGAGGAGUUGGAGGUAUACGGCACCGGUGCUAAAACUUCGGUACAAUUGCGUAAAUAUAUUUUCGAAGUUUGUGACAGUCUACUAAAUGUUGGACCAAUCAACUUCAUGUGCGCUGGCGAACGUGUUGAAUUUGAAGAAGAUGGCGUUACACUACGGCCACACGUAGAAAACUUAGCUGAACUAAAAAUUGAAGUUGUCGCUUCUAGUGGUCACAACAAGAACGGUGCAUUGUGUGUAUUCGUCAAUUGUAUUACACCACAAAUAAUUACCAGUUUUGAGCUGGAAGGCUGCCUCGAUGUGUGGACUGUGUACGAUGAUGCUAGCAAAAAGUCUACGCGGCAUGAUCACCACGAUUUUAUGAUAUUGUCGCAACGCUCAUCAUCGUUGGUAUUACAAACGGGUGAUGAGAUCAACGAAAUUGAGAAUACGGGCUUUAGUUGUCAACAACCAACCAUAUUUGUCGGCAAUCUAGGGCAAAAUCGUUUCAUUAUACAAGCAACAACACGUAACGUGCGGUUACUGCAAGGCACACGUCUCAUACAAAAUGUGCCCAUCGAUGUGGGCUCACCGGUAGUGCAAGUCUCGACGGCAGAUCCAUAUGUUUGUUUACGUGUGCUAAACGGACAAGUGAUAACAUUGGCUUUACGCGAAACCAAAGGCACGCCACGUCUGGCCAUCAAUAAGAAUACAAUCAGUAGUGUGCCAGCAGUGAUUGCAAUAACGGCGUACAAGGAUAUGUCCGGUCUAUUCACAGCCAAAUCGGAUGAUGUGCUCAAUCUCACGGGAAGUAGUGGAAAUUCAUUGUACGCCGGUUUAGGCUACAUGAAAGCGGAGCCGCAUAUGAAAAUCGAAGAUGAGGAGGAUCUGCUAUAUGGUGAAUCCGGUAACGCUUUCAAGAUGAACAGUUUGGCCGAUCUUGCAAAACAAUCAAAACAAAAAAAUACCGAUUGGUGGCGCCGCUUGCUACCGCAAAUAAAACCUUCCUACUGGCUGAUCACCGCGCGUGAAUCGGGCACUUUGGAAAUAUAUUCAAUGCCCGAUAUGAAGUUAAUGUACCUCGUUAAUGAUGUGGGCAAUGGCGGCAUAGUGCUUAGCGACUCAAUGGAGUUCGUACCGGUGCCGUUAAACAAUCAGGAGAACAGCAAAAGUGGUAUACUUUUAAAUUGUAUGCCACAGCAUGCUAACUCGCCAUUGGCGCUGGAAAUCAGUAUGGUUGGCUUGGGCAAUCAGGGUAUGCGUCCACUACUUUUAAUACGUACGCGUUUGGAAUUACUCAUCUAUCAAGUGUUUCGCUAUCCCAAGGGACAUUUGAAAAUACGUUUUAGAAAACUGGAAACACUCAAUAUGUUGGAUGUGCAACCAACGAGUAUGGAAGUGGAUGAUUUGGAAAGCGAGCUGGAAUCGUACAAUCUGCAGGAGCGUUAUGUUAGCAAAUUACGUUACUUUGCCAAUAUUAGUGGACACAAUGGCGUAAUGGUUUGUGGCGUAAAUCCGCAUUUCCUUUUCCUCACCGCCAAGGGUGAACUACGUGUGCAUAAGUUCUACGGCAACGGUGUUGUGCGUAGUUUUGCGCCCUUCAACAAUGUAAAUUGUCCCUUCGGCUUUUUGUACUUUGAUCAUACAGCCGAGCUAAAGAUUUCUGUACUGCCCACAUACUUAACUUACGAUUCCAUUUGGCCCGUACGUAAAGUGCCAUUGCGUUGUACGCCACGACAGAUUGUCUAUCAUCGUGAAAAUCGUGUCUAUUGCUUGAUUACGCAGACCGAGGAACCCACGAACAAGUAUUAUCGUUUCAAUGGUGAAGACAAGGAAUUGACGGAAGAAAACAAGGGUGAACGCUUUAUCUAUCCGAAUGCUUCAAAAUUCGCUAUGGUGCUUAUGAGUCCCGAAACGUGGGAAAUCGUGCCAGAUGCUUCCAUACAAUUUGAGGAAUGGGAACACGUGACAGCAUUCAAAAUAGUUAAACUAGCUUACGAAGGUACACGUUCUGGCCUCAAAGAGUACCUUUGUAUUGGCACAAAUUUCAAUUACAGCGAGGAUAUUACGUCACGCGGUAACAUACACAUUUACGACAUCAUUGAAGUUGUACCUGAGCCCGGCAAACCGUUGACAAAGUUCAAAUUGAAAGAAGUUUUUAAAAAGGAACAAAAGGGGCCCGUAUCAGCCAUAUCGGAUGUGCUCGGUUUUCUGGUAACAGCGCUUGGCCAAAAGAUCUAUUUGUGGCAGUUGAAAGACGAUGAUCUGAUUGGUGUCGCAUUCAUUGACACAAACAUAUAUGUGCAUCAGAUAAUAUCUGUUAAAUCGUUAAUUCUCAUCGCUGAUGUAUACAAGUCAGUCAGUUUACUACGUUUUCAAGAGGAAUUCCGUACACUUUCACUGGCAUCACGUGAUUUUAAUCAUCUACAAGUCUAUAAUAUUGAGUUCAUGGUGGACAAUAAUAAUUUAGGUUUCCUCGUCACGGAUGCCGACAAAAACAUUAUUGUAUUCAUGUAUCAACCAGAAUCUCGCGAAUCUAUCGGUGGUCAGAAGUUAAUACGUAAAUCGGAUUAUCAUCUCGGUCAGGCGGUGAAUACAAUGUUUCGUGUGCAAUGCCAUCAACGUGGGCAACAUCAACGCCAACCGUUUCUCUAUGAAAAUAAACAUUUGGUGUUCUUUGGCACAUUGGAUGGUGCGCUUGGCUAUUGUCUACCGCUGCCUGAGAAGGUAUAUCGACGAUUUUUGAUGUUGCAAAAUGUUUUACUCUCGUACCAAGAACAUCUAGGUGGUUUGAAUCCUAAAGAGUUCCGUACGGUGAAGAGUUCGAAAAAGUUGUCACUUAAUCCUUGUCGGUGUAUAAUCGAUGCUGAUCUCAUUUGGUCAUACACAAUGUUGCCGACGGUGGAAAAGAAUGAGGUGGCGAAAAAGAUCGGUACGAGAACGGAGGAAAUUCUUGCAGAUUUGCUGGAUAUUGAACGCAUUGCCUCGGUAUUCUAAACCGUUUCCUUAAUUUAAAUAUCAUAAUUUUUAUAUUUAAAGUUAGUAAAUAAGAAUUUGAGCAGACAAGUUUUGUGUACGAUAGAACACCGUGUGCAUGUUUGGGAAAACAAUUGGAAGUGGAGUGAAUAAAUUACAUUGAAAACAA